ACAGAUUUCCGAAAACUGCGUAAAAAAUCAUUUUUAGGUGGUGUAUUCAACGUUAUCUCACGUACCAACCUGGACCCAUGUAGACCUCAUCGCUACUCAGUUGAGGAUUAAAAAUGCUUACGGUAUUGAGGAGACAGACGUUAGGAACCCACUACUAAUGCUUACAGUUUGCGAAACUGAAUCUCCCAUAACUGUGUUCGACGACAGCUCAUACAUGGUGGAUACCCACAAGGCUGGGCUAGUGUCGAUGUAUGAGAAUGAGCUGACCAUCAUAUUUCGAUCCUAUCGAUCAGGAGUGCUCUUUUUCUCAGUAGCUGAUCAGGGGGAUAUCCUCAUCGCCCAAGUCGUUCAUGGAACCGUACAUGUCAUGUUUGAUUUUGGUACGUUUAAUCGAUAA